AUGAUGGGCGAGUAUUAUUUGCGUAUAUUGUCCGCCGGUGCAGAUCCCAAUAUCGACAUUGUCGCUGUCCAUGGACUCAAUCCUAAAAGCAAAAAGAACCAUGCCGAGAAGACUUGGGAGUCGAAUGGGAAGCUUUGGCUCAGGGAUUUUCUUCCCCAGCAACUGCCACGAGCCAGGAUUUUCCUUUUCAGUUAUAACUCUAAAGUUGCAAUCCAGUCAUCCGCAGCUGGAGUGCGAGAGCAGGCACAUGUCCUCCUUGACCGCUUAAGACUGGAAAGAGAGAAGUGCGAACAUCGACCCCUGCUUUUCAUUGCCCAUAGCCUGGGAGGGAUUGUUGUCAAAGAGGCGCUUGUACAAGCUAAACUCAGCGCAACGUAUGGCUCGAUAUGUACCUCGACCUUCGGAAUCGUUUUCUUCGGUACGCCACAUCGAGGGACGCACCUGGCACGUGUGGGAGGCGUGGCUGCAAAGCUCGUGAGGGCUCUACUAGGAACAGCGAGCAAUACCCUACUGAAGGCCCUUUCAAAAGGCAGCCUUUACGCCCUGGAGCUGUCUGCGAACUUUGACAAGCUUCUUGAGAACUACAAGUAUCUGAGCUUUUAUGAGACCCUACCAUUCAAAAGCAUCGGCAUAGUUGUGGAAAAAGAUUCUGCUGUUCUUGGCUUGCCUGACUCCCGUGAGAAAGCGAUCGCAUUGAAUGCCGACCAUGAAGAGAUUUGCAGAUUUCACUGCGACAAAGACGAUCGAUAUCAAUAUGUGUCUUCGCUAAUUGUCGAAAUGGCAAACUCAGGGACGGAGACGCGCCAUUUAACCAGUUGCGUUGAUGAAUCAGAGUCCACCCUCGUGGCCGAUGAAGCCGACCCUUGCUUCUGGAUGAUACCUUAUACACGUAAUCCCGGGUUUGUCGGCCGCGAGCAUACAUUAAGUCAGGUUAUGGAGCGUGUCAUGCCACUCGGAAAGGUUCAUUCGAGAGUAGCCUUGUAUGGUCUCGGAGGUGUCGGUAAAACCCAGAUAGCCAUUGAGCUGGCGCACCAAGUCCAUGAAGCCCACCCCGACGCGUCGGUGUUCUGGAUCCACGCAAACAGUAUCAACCGGUUCCAAGAAAGUUAUUAUCAUCUGAUCAAGGAAUGCGAGAUUGAGAGUCCAGAAGAUAAACCACAAGACCUCAUGCUUGUCAAGCAAUGGCUAGAAAAGCAGUGUAAACGCUGGUUGCUGAUUAUCGAUAACGCUGACGAAGCCUCACUCUUUACGUCAGAUGGUCGUCAAGGACAAAGAGCCUCGACCUCAGAUAAGCAGCUGCAAGAAGAUUCUUCUAUCGUCCAGUUCCUUCCCGAAAGCCCAUAUGGCUCUAUUCUCAUUACAACCCGUAACCGAGCUGCUGGUGUCAAAUUCGUCAGGGGUGUUGGCCGAAACAUGCUCGAGGUGGAUACUAUGACCAAAGAAGAAUCGAGAUGCUUGAUCAAAUCUGCUUUGAGUGGCAAUUAUCCGACAGAGUCGGACAUGGAUGAGCUCGCGGAGAUGCUCGACUAUUUACCGUUGGCAAUUAUGCAAGCCGCUUCAUUUAUGGAAGAAAAUGUGCUCACUGUGAAUGAAUACAUCAAGCUGCAUAAUGACAGCGAUGAGACCAGGAUGGGCUUACUGUGCGAGCCCUUCGAGACAUUAGGGAGAGACAGCGAAACCCCAAAUGCUCUUGCUACCACUUUGAUAGUUUCUCUGGAUCAUAUCAAUACAAAAGAGCCGAACGCCAUCGAGUCUCUGUCUCUUAUCGCUUUUCUUGAUCAGCAUCACAUUCCGAAAAGCCUGAUUCAGCAAAGGAUCACCAAAUCGCUUGACCUGACAAAGGCGCUAGGCACGCUCAAGGCAUUCUCGCUAAUAAUAGCGAAUGGAACCGGUCAAAGCUUCUCCAUCCACCGGCUCGUACAACUUACCGUGCGCAAAUGGCUAAUCAUCGAACAUGAAUAUGAAGGUAAAGCUAUCCAUGCUAUGGAUGUGCUUGCGGAGUCCUUCCCAGACGCCAAGUUCGAGAACUGGUCUACAUGCGCUGCUUAUUUACCUCAUGCUAUGUCGGUUUUGAGAUAUAUUCCCGAGCUACAUGGGAACUGGUUGAGGAGAAGACUAUACCUUCAAGAAGGAAUUGCUUACUACCUUUGGGAACAGGGACGUUGCGACGAGGCAGAGGUAUUGGACCUUCUUAUUGUCGAAGAGAAUAAGAAGGAAUUUGGUAUGGAACAUCCAGAAACGUUAGAAAGCCUUGCUAGUCUGUCCUCGACAUAUUCACGUCAGAAUAGACUGUCAGAGGCCGAAGAGCUGGACUUCCUCGUCAUGACAACAAGAAAGCGGCUGCUUGGAACAAGGAACGAGUUGACUUUAACCAGUAUGGUCAAUUUGGCAAGCGUCUACAGAAAGCAGUUUCGGUUUUCGGAGGCGGAAAGCCUGAUAUUGGAAGCGUUAGAGGAGUCAAAGUCCAUGUUUGGAGAGGAGCAUGAUUUGACGGCGACCAUCAUGGGACACCUUGGAAAGCUCUAUCUAGAGCUAAACCGGCUGCCGGAGGCCGAAGAAUUUGCUCUUAAAGACUGGAAUGCUCAGAAGAUAAUGUAUGGUCCAGGACACUGUUGGACUCUGUCUGCUGCGGAGACUCUUCUUGAUGUCUAUACCGCCCAAAAGAAGUGGUUAGAAGCGAAAGAAUUGGCGAUCCCUACCCUGCAGCUACUCGAGGAGAAUAUAGGUACUGAGGAUUUCGAAACCCAGGAGUGCAGACGCAGCUUGAUCGACAUCUAUGCAGGGCUGAAUGACUGGCCAAACGCGGAGCAGAUGGCACUGCAGGCGCUAAGUAUAGCGUUGAAUACUCGCCCUCAUGAUUAUGACACGCUUGUAAUCAAGCAUGAUCUUUCGGAGAUAUAUGCGAAAUGGGAUAAUAUCCAGAGAGCCGAAGAACUGGAAAAUGAAGUUAUCAAGGACUGCCUCCAUAUAUUUGGCUCAGACCAUGGCUAUACAUUGUUCUUCUCGGCCCUCAUCCUCAAACGUCAGGGGAAGGAGACAGAGGCCAUACAGCAGAUGACGCGGGCUAUAAAAGUACUGGAAUAUUCGAUAGGUCCAUACUUCAAUCCGACCCAGUCUGCCACAUCAUUCCUACAAGUGUGGUGCGGAGAUGACGAAACCGUGGAAAAGCUCCUAAAAGAUUGCUGAUACGAAAGAAACGUGGUCCCGGAAAACAAGCUGCUACUCACGACACUGCCGCUAUUCAUCGAAGAUGGGGGGAAAAGGUGCUUGGUAAAGAAUACUGCGCCGUCGGCGUUGACAGCUACACCGACGAGGACGCACGCCGAAGAAUUCCACGCUAAGAAACAGUUGAUACCAUUGAUACCAACCUUCUAAUGC